AUACCGAGACCUGGCCCCACAGCUGGUCCCACUCAGUUACAUAGAUAAACCAGAUGUGAAGCUUCCCUAUGAACUCAUUGGCAGCAUGGCAGAGCUGAAGGACAAUCCAUUCCGUCAACGGAUAGCAGAAGUUUUCUCAGAGGAUGGAGAGGGCAACAUGACUUUAGAUGACUUUUUGGACAUGUUUUCAGUGCUGAGUGAAAUGGCUCCCAGAGACCUCAAAGCUUAUUAUGCCUUUAAAAUUUACGAUUUUAACAAUGAUGAUUACAUAUGCAAAUCAGACUUGGAGAAAACUGUUAACAAACUGACCCGAAAUGAACUUACCCCAGAGGAGGUUUGUCUUGUUUGUGAUAAGGUGAUUGAUGAAACUGAUCAAGACAAUGAUGGCAGACUCUCUGUGGAAGAUUUUCAGCACAUGAUAGCACGAGCUCCUGAUUUCCUCAGUACAUUUCACAUUCGAAUCUGAAUCUGGUGAAAGAGAGAUGAGAACUGCAACUUGAGUCUGCAAUAUGUCAUUACC